AGAAUUGACUUCUCCGUACUCCUUCUAUUGGUAUUGGGAUUUCUCGUCUUCCAGCUCGACCGUAUGAACUUGGCAAGCGCCUUAACUGGCGGUUUUGCCGAAGACAUCAAAGUCAACCAAGCGACAAUCAAUUUGGGGAACCAGCUUAUGUUUGCUGCUGUUGUUGUCUUCGAGAUCCCAUGCAACAUGGCCCUCCAGCGUUUUGGUCCCCGCAAAUGGAUGUCGGGCCAGGUAUUCAUGUUCGGCGUUGUUGCGACAAUGAAGACUUUUGUCCGCAACCGAACAGGAUUCUUGGUUAGUCGGGCCAUGCUUGGGCUUGCAGAGUCAGGCUAUACCCCUGGAGCCAUGUACAUACUGUCUCUAUGGUAUAAACGUCGCGAACUAGCCAAAAGAGUGUCUAUUUUCUUCUUUGGCAUGUUCGGCGGGAAUGCAAUCAGCCCCUUGUUGGCUACUGGUAUACUCAAACUCGAUGGCUCUAGAGGAAUGGCUGGUUGGCAGUGGCUCUUCUUAGUGGAGGGCUUAAUGACCGUUUUUGUCUCGUCACUACUACUAUUGUUUCUUCCGGAGAGCCCAUAUACCCCGCAGUCGCUCUUUGGUCCAGGUCUGGUACGCUGGUCGAGCGCCGAAAAGGAUAUACUGCAACAGAGAGUUGACGCAUCGGCACGCCUAAAUCCCAAAAAUAAGUCCAUUGGACUAGGUAUUGUCGUGAAAACCGUGCUACAGUACCGUCGGUGGCCACACUAUGUUUCUACACUCGCUGUCUUCUCGACCUUUUCUCCUCUGUCAACUUAUUCCCCUUCGAUCAUCAUGUCACUCGGCUUUGACCGGAUUGUCGCCAAUGCUCUGGCUGCUGUUGGAGCGUUGCUAGCUCUUCCUGUUGUGUUCUUUUUCGGGUACCUUAGCGAUCGAACCAACAAACGCGGAGCCAUUGUGAUUUUGGCACAGGUGUGCUACUUGAUUGUCCUAAUUGUGGCUAGGCAAGUACAUCCUACCUCAGGAAAGUGGUCGCGAUGGGGUCUUUGGACCGCUGUGAACAGUGUAGCUGUUGGCUACCAUCCCGUCCACAACUCGUGGACACAGCUUAAUUGCCAUGACACAGGCGAGCGAAGUAUAGCAUUAGCGAUGUGGGUGAUGUCUGCGACUACCGGCAUGAUGAUAGGAACUCAAUAUUUCCAGGCAGAGGAUAGGCCAUUCUAUCACAUUGGUCUUCGCACGAUGAUAAUAAUGGUGGCCAUUGGGAUCUUUUCCGCCAUAGUCCAGCUUCUUGUCUAUGUGGUGCAUAAUCGCUGGGUUAUGAGAGGAAAGUACUCGGAUGGAGAUGAACGAAAGAACAUCUUGUUCACUCCGUAA